AUGAGUGCUGGUCUGGACCAUGAAACUCCUCGGUUCGGUUUUGUUUUUACUUCUCCCGGGCCUGGUGAGCCCAAUGGAGCCUGUUACCAUGACAAUCGGGACAGUGUCGGUCCUAACCGGACUGAUCUCUUAUUAUAAGCUGAACUGUUACUUCCGGGAAUGCUGCAACGAGGAACCGACUUUUAACGCUACAGCGCUGGAGCUGGAUUUUGACCGUAAAAUAUUUGGGCAGCACCUGGUGAAGAUGGUGGUGGUGAAAGGAGUGUCUGGGUUCAUGAGGAAUAAGAAUCCCAAGAAGCCGCUCGCGCUUUCCUUCCACGGCUGGACAGGAACCGGAAAAAACUACGUCAGUCAGAUCCUGGCCCGAAAUAUUUACCCCGAAGGGAUGAGCAGCAAGUUCGUGCAUCAGUUUGUAGCCACGCUUCAUUUCCCCCACGCUCAGCUCCUCGACACGUACAAGGACCAGCUGCAGACGUGGAUCCGGGAGAACGUGACGGCCUGCGAACGCUCCAUCUUUAUAUUUGACGAAGUGGAUAAAAUGCACCCCGAGCUGAUCGAUGCCAUUAAACCCUUCCUGGAUUAUUACGACCACAUACAGGGGGUGUCCUACCGCAAAGCCAUCUUCAUCUUCCUCAGUAACACGGGAGGUGAAAUCAUUUCGGAGCUGGCUCUGGAUGUCUGGAAGGCAGGAAAGAACAGAGAAGACAUCAGACUGUCCGAUGUGGAGCAUCGCCUGUCUCUGUCUGCCUUCAACAAUAAGGACAGUGGAUUUUGGCACAGCAGUCUCAUAGACAAGAACGUCAUUGACUUCUUUGUACCGUUCUUGCCUUUGGAGUUUCAGCACGUGAAGAUGUGCGUUCAGCAAGAGCUCCGGGAGCGCGGCUACGAGGUGGACGAGGAGAUCGUGGCCAACGUUGCAAAGGAGAUGACUUAUUACCCCAAGGAGGAACAAGCUUAUUCCGUAAAAGGCUGCAAAGUCGUCUCCACUAAACUGGAUUAUUAUCUAUGAUCGAUUAAAAAACUUUGCGGGGGGGGGGUCCGAUUAAUUUUAACUUUUUUAAAGAAAAAAACUAAAAUGAAGAUCAGCUGUGGUGUUUUGUUGCCAGUCUGUGGAGUUGUCCUCACCGAAGCCUUCUUUCCCAAGUGCGACACUUUAUGUUGGGACAAUAAGGACAUUGUCCGCCCGGCGAUGAAUUCUCGCACUACCGGUGGAUUUCCGAAGCAUUUCACGUGACUUUAAAUAACCCGCCAGAAUUUACACUUUAACCCCUUCACUGUUGGGAGGGUGACAAAUGAUAUGAAGGCCGUCACGAAAAUUUUGUAUCUGAAAAUUGGGACUUAUUUUGAUAAAUGAUGUAUUUAUAAUGA